CUGAAGGACAACGCAAGAAAGAUAAAAAGCGACAUAAAAAGCACAAGACAAAAAGACGUCGAAGGCGAAGGUAUUCAUCUAGUUCCAGUUCCGACAGUAAUGCAGAUUUUCUCGAUAACUCUAAACGACCUGCGUAUUUUGAUAGCUUUACCUGUAAUAAUUAUUCCUCAAGUUUCCCGCCAUAUAGACUUUGUGGUACAAAUAACAUUGCAGGGUUUAGUUACAUGCCAGGAUACUUUCCUGCACCUCCGAAUUCGGCAACACCCUACCCUAUGCAAGGCUAUCUCCCCACUUCGCAAUUUAACAUGCCACAGGCCCCAUCUCCGAUAUUCGAAAACAGGGAUAAAACUACGUAUCCUCAACAUGGUUUACAUCACGACUACGAUACAGAAUUGCCGGUGCACACAUGUACCAACCCGCGAAUAGCAAAUUCAAUUACUGAUACAAGUACAACAACAGUAAAUCUUAAUGUUAAUUCGCCAGACAAAUGGUCGGGAUUAGAUACACUUGUCGAAGUGGCGAACGAUAUUCAUCAGACUUGA